AGCAGCCGCCCUUGAGCAGACGCCGUUGCGCAGACGCCGUUAACGGCGCCGGCCGACGUCCCUCCAGAGAGAAAAAGAAGAAGAGUCAAAUCUGCCCGUGAGCCACUGAGAACGGCAAUGUUUCGCGACAUUCUCCUAUACAAGACACGCAGCACGCGCAUCGUGACUUGAAAACAUCGACGCCCCCAUCCUCACGAACAAAAAGCAGCGGCUACACGUGCAUUUCAUUGCCAACACACGCGCUCCUGGCCCUUCUCUCCGAAACCGGCACCCUGGCGUCCCCCCGCAGCCGACUGCUUGCUCGACUGCAGGUGUGCCCCUCCCUCAAAGUGGCUUCCCCUCGCUCCCGCCUGAGUCUGAUCGCCAGACACCUCGACUCCAAGCCCUUUGAGCUCAACACGCCCUUCUCGACUGAGCGCUCCGCUGUCCCUGAAGACGCAUCUGGCUACCCUUCAAACCGUCCAACGCCUCCACCACCGCCGCCCACCAUGUCUUCUCAACCCCCGCAUGCCGCAUUGCUCAUCCCAGGUCCCAUUGAGUUCGAUGACGCGGUUCUCCAGUCUAUGAGCCACUACAGCGAGUCUCAUGUCGGCGCACCCUUCGUGAAUACCUUCGGCGAAGUCCUCUCGAUGCUGCGGAAGCUCUUCCAAACCACCGACGCAGCAUCCCAACCAAUCGUGCUUUCCGGCUCUGGAACCCUAGGAUGGGACCAGGUUGCGGCCAACCUCACGGAGCCGGGCGACGAGGCCCUCGUGCUGCACACCGGCUACUUUGCGGACUCGUUCGCCGACUGCUUUGAGACAUAUGGCGUGAAAGCUACACAACUGAAGGCCCCAAUUGGCGACAGGCCGCAGUUGGACGAGGUGGAGAAAGCGCUGAAGGAGACGAAGUACAAAGUCCUGACCGUCACACACGUCGACACCUCCACCGGCGUGCUGAGCGAGCUCAAAGCGCUCUCAGAGCUCGUGCACAAAGUCAGCCCCGAGACGCUCGUCGUCGUGGAUGGCGUGUGCAGUGUUGGCUGCGAAGAGAUCCGGUUCGACGACUGGGGCCUCGACGUGGUGCUCACUGCGAGCCAGAAAGCCAUUGGGUGCCCGGCUGGUCUGAGUAUCCUGAUGGUCUCUGGCCGUGCAAUUGAGGUGUUUAAGGCGAGGAAGACGCGGCCGACGUCGUAUUUUGGGUCGUGGAAAAAUUGGCUGCCAAUCAUGCAAAACUACGAAGCCAAGAAACCCAGCUACUUCGCCACCCCCUCGCCACAACUCAUCCACGCGCUACACACCUCCCUCUCACAGAUCCUCUCCCGGCCGCUAGAACAGCGCUUCUCGGACCACAAAGCCGCGUCCCAAAAGAUUAAGAAGGCGAUCGGCGACCUCGGCCUCAAGCAACUCGCUCCUAAGCCCGAGAACCAGGCCAACGGUAUGACCGCCAUCUACCUCCCCGAGGGCAUCGCGCCGCCCCAGGUCCUCCCGAGCUUGUUGAAGAAGGGCGUUAUCUUUGCGGGUGGACUGCAUAAGGAGAUUGCGACGAAGUAUAUUCGGUUCGGGCAUAUGGGCGUCAGCGUGACGGAUCCGAAGAGGGAUGAUAUUGAUAGGGCGCUGAAGGCGCUGAAGGAGGGGUUGACCGAGGUGGGGUAUAAGGCUUAAACAUGGAUGAUAAAGAUUGGUGAGAGGUAGGUAGGUCUGGCUGUUUGGAUGAACUGUACUCUACUGCACAGGAUCUCGGCGCUCUUGAGGGCCAUACAAAAAAGGUGUCGUUACGGAUUACAAAAUGCAGCUCUUGGUCAAAAACGUGAUAUGUGUCCGGGUAUGUACUCUCUUUUCAACUUUCUGUAGAAGACAUACUCUCCCUGUAUUAGUCUCCGAUUCCAAUAUCUACUGCAA